CGGUCGCUACAGUUCGAAGGCACCGAGAGCUGGGAGUGCAAGCAUGGCUUUACGAUACUUGGUUUCGCUUUCUUUGGCGGUCAUAGUUUUGGCCGACCAGACCUCACACGUCAGCAUCAAGCUCGGCGAUGCUCCUGCUGUCAGCCAUCAUAGUUCCUCUCACCACGCACGCACUUCAUACCACCAUCAACCUACCUACCACACACAGUCCUACCACCCUGCUCCCGCUUAUCACCCACAACCUUCCUACCAUCCUGCUCCCGCUCAUCACCCACAACCUUCCUAUGAGCAUGAACACGAGCCUACUGUGCCAGAGUGUGCUGCCAACACAACCAAAUCAUGGUGUCUCAACGACGACCACUAUCCUACCUACGAGAUCAAACACGCAGCCGAGUAUCACUACAAGAAGCUUCUCUCCCUCUAUGCUGACGUAGCAGAGCUUAACACCGAGCUGUCUGUGGACCGACCAAACACCCUGGAUGAGGAAACUUACUUGUGUCCAUCUGAGACCGCUUACAUCAGGCCCCUUCGUGUCCAGAACACCGAGGGAAAAUGGCGUGUCGUUGUAAACAAUAUCGAUGUCCAUUAUCAGACUCUCACUCAGACUACACGCAUCGAAGAGUGUCUCACUUCCGGCGAUGCAUGUCCUCUGGUACCUGACUGUUAUGAGUCCAAGUGUCUGCAGAAGUCCAUCUACCACCGCUUCCUUGUCUACGACUCCUAUGAUCAGUACUUCCCCUUCGCCAUCGAGACAUUCAAGCUUCCCGCCAGCUGUGCUUGUCUGUUGGGUUCCUACACCAUCGAUCAUUAGUCACCAAACACCUGAUCUCAUUGGGGGUGGGUCGAAUUUAACAUGAAUUCAACAUAUUUUAACAUCCUUAUCGCCUUGGGAGCAAGGCAUACCGCCCAUGGAAAGUCGUUAAGUACGUGAAGAAAGAUUUCUAGCCAACUAUUUGUGAUAUCUACUUAAUAGAGAACUAAUUCCAAUUGACAUCUAAAUACCUCUCUUUUGUGAAACAUGAAAAUAAAUAAUACUUUACA